AUGGCGGCCACGUCCUUAGAACAUUCUUCCAGACCCCAGAGCAGUCUUCCAGACCCCAGAGCAGUCCUCCAGACCCCAGAGCAGUCUUCCAGACCCCAGAGCAGUCCUCCAGACCCCAGAGCAGUCUUCCAGACCCCAGAGCAGUCUUCCAGACCCCAGAGCAGUCUUCCAGGCACCAGAGCAGUCUUUCAGACCCCAGAGCAGUCUUCCAGACCCCAAAGAAGUCUUCCAGACGCCAGAGCAGUCUUCCAGACCCCACAGCAGUCUUCUAGACCCCACAGCAGUCUUCUAGACCCCAGAGCAGUCUUCCAGACCCAGAGAACAGUCUUCCAGACCCCAGAGCAGUCUUCCAGAACCCAGAGCAGUCUUCUAGACCCCAGAGCAGUCUUCCAGACCCCAGAGCAGUCUUCCAGACCCCAGAGCAGUCUUCCAGACCCCAGAGCAGUCUUCCAGCCCCCAGAGCAGUCUUCCAGACCCCAGAGCAGUCUUCCAGACCCCAGAGCAGUCUUCCAGACCCCCAGAGCAGUCUUCCAGACCCCAGAGCAGUCUUCCAGCCCCCAGAGCAGUCUUCCAGACUCCCCAGAGCAGUCUUCCAGCCCCCAGAGCAGUCUUUCAGACCCCAGAGCAGUCUUCCAGACCCAGAGAAGUCUUCCAGCCCCCAGAGCAGUCUUCCAGACCCCAGAGCAGUCUUCCAGACCCCAGAGCAGUCUUCCAGACCCCCAGAGCAGUCUUCCAGACCCUAGAGCAGUCUUCCAGACCCCAGAGCAGUCUUCCAGACUCCCCAGAGCAGUCUUCCAGACCCCAGAGCAGUCUUCCAGACCCCAGAGCAGUCUUCCAGACCCUAGAGCAGUCUUCCAGACCCCAGAGCAGUCUUCCAGACUCCCCAGAGCAGUCUUCCAGACCCCAGAGCAGUCUUCCAGACCCCAGAGCAGUCUUCCAGACCCCAGAGCAGUCUUCCAGACCCCUGAGCAGUCUUCCAGACUCCAGAGCAGUCUUCCAGCCCCCAGAGCAGUCUUCCAGACCCCAGAGCAGUCUUCCAGACCCAGAGCAGUCUUCCAGCCCCCAGAGCAGUCUUCCAGACCCCAGAGCAGUCUUCCAGACCCCAGAGCAGUCUUCCAGACCCCCAGAGCAGUCUUCCAGACCCUAGAGCAGUCUUCCAGACCCCAGAGCAGUCUUCCAGACCCCCAGAGCAGUCUUCCAGACCCCAGAGCAGUCUUCCAGACCCCAGAGCAGUCUUCCAGACCCCAGAGCAGUCUUCCAGACUCCAGAGCAGUCUUCCAGCCCCCAGAGCAGUCUUCCAGACCCCAGAGCAGUCUUCCAGCCCCCAGAGCAGUCUUCCAGACCCCAGAGCAGUCUUCCAGACCCCAGAGCAGUCUUCCAGACCCAGAGCAGUCUUCCAGCCCCCAGAACAGUCUUCCAGACCCCAGAGCAGUCUUCCAGACCCCAGAGCAGUCUUCCAGACCCCCAGAGCAGUCUUCCAGACCCUAG